AUGCAAUCUUGGGAUCGAUUGGAGGGAUGUAAAUUGUCUGUCACGACGCUCAGAAACGCACUCGCAGCCUUGCCAACCGGGUCAUCAGCAUACGACGAGGCCUACCUGGAUGCAAUGGAGCGGAUAGAGAGACAGUACCCGGAUCAUAGAGUGCUCGCUAAGGACGUCCUUGCAUGGCUUACCUUUGCAAAGAGACCGCUUCAGGUUGCAGAGCUCCAAGCAGCAGUUGUCGUCCAGGAAACAGACUCUAAUCUUGACGAGGAGAGUCUUAUCGACAUCGAGGACAUGGUCUCUGUCUGCGCUGGCUUGGUUACGGUUGACGAACGCAGCCAGACGGUCAGUUUAAUUCACUACACGAUACAAGAGUACUUGGAGCGGACGCGAGUAAAUUGGCAUCCAGAUGCUAACGCUGCAAUUACAACAUCAUACCUCACUUAUCUCCUCUUCUCUGUCUUUGACGUUGAGUUUUUGAAGGUGGAUGAAGAUUCACCAGGCGAAAGAGCUAAUAGGCAACUCCACCCGCUGCUGGAUUAUUCCAAGGAAUAUAGUGCGCUACAUGCCCGCCUCGCUCUAUCCGAGCCACCCUCCAUCGCUCAAUUCUUUUCUUCAGAAUCAAAAAUGCCCCGAAAUUGGUUGCUACUAGCAGCAAAGCAUGGGGGUGCACAAGCAGAAGCUACCGCGGAAUGGCUCAUAGAACGAGGUGUAUGCAUCAACGUAUGGGAUGCAGACCGGAGAACCCCAUUGCACUAUGCUGUGCUCAACGUCUGGAAACGAUGCGUUCAGCUGCUGCUACAGAGAGGAGCGAGUCUAGACCCAGACGUCGACAACAUAACUCCUUUCCACUACACAGUCAAAAACGAUGCGGACGAGAUAGCCCAAGCUUUCCUCGACGCCGGAACACCGGUAGAUAUGCUAGUGACGAGAGACAUCUACAUCCCAGGUUAUCAACAGGGCAGAGUGGUCUAUGUUAUGAGAGAUGGUGCGCAAUAUCCCGUACGAGAAGCCCGCACAGAGAAGGGCUUAACUGCUCUGCACCUCGCUACCUUGACGGGUAGUCAACAGAUGACCAAGUUCUUGCUGGACCAUGGUGCCAAUCCAAACUUUCCUUCGGGCCACGACAAGACACCACUUCAUCUAGCGCUAAGGCGAGAUUUAUAUGGUCCGGAAUGGCCUGGGAUUGUGGACUUCUGGAACGAUCCAAUGUUCCGAAUCGAGGUUGCACUUGAUUUUGUGGAAUUGCCUGAUAGUGAGGACGAAUACUGCUCAACCCAGGAUUGGAUCUACAAGGCCCGGUCGACCAUUAUAAGUCUUCUUUUGGAACAUAACAAGGUCGACGUCAAUGCCCAAGAUAUCUUCGGCAUUUCUUCAUUGCAUAUUACAGCCCGCAGCGGAGAAUCCUCCGAGUCCAUAAUCAGGAAGCUUAACGACAAAGGCGCCAAGAUCUCAGUACGCACAAAGAAGGACGAAACACCAUUACAUCUCGCCACCCGGAAUAGAAACCUAGACGCUAUUACUGCCCUCCUAACACUUGGAGCGGAUCCCAUGGGCAGCGAUGUCAACAGACUCAAUGCUCUGCAUUACGCGGCACAAAAUGGACAUCUAGGAAUGAUGCAGAGUGCAGUGGACCACAUGCCGGACGCGUCUCUAGAAACAUUCCUGGCAUCGAAAGACAACCAUAGAGAGAACGUGUUGCAUCAUCUGCAACAGCGUCAAGGUUGGCAUUACUGCUGCCGAGUAUCUCCUGAAACAGUCAGCUGGCAUCAAUGA